CCAACCAGAAGGACCAUUUUCCAACCGCUGAGAACCAUGUCACCCUGAGAGUUUCUCUACAGUCUCCGUUUAACGUCAGAAAACACCCUUCACAUCCUCUCGUCAGAUCAUCUGUGUCGUGGAUCAUACGUUCCUCAAAAGAUCUCGGCAGUUGGAACGAAUCCUUUGUUCAAUCCUGGUUUCGAUGGCCGCUAAUAUUCAUCACUCCUCGGGUCCAUCCACCCCGAUCACGAGCACUCCCACGGGCAUCACGGGCACGGUCAAGCCCGAGCUGAUCAACAAGAUCGAAGGUGGCUCCGAUGAAGUCCUGGACGCCAAGCUCAUUCCUGGACAAGAUGCCAUUAUCACCAUUAGUCAGGAUAGAUCGGUUCGACUUUGGCUCUUGAGAGAUUCGGGUCAAUAUUGGCCGAGUAUUUGUCAUUACAUGAAUGCUGCGGCCACGGCUGUCGUUUAUCAUCAUCCCACUCGACAAUUGUUCGUUGGAACCGAGACCGGUUUGGUGUCCGAAUUCAUCUUGGGCGAAGAUUACAACCACAUGGAUCACAAACGAGAUUACCAUGCCCAUCAAAAUCGAGUGUCUGGCCUCUACUUCUCAUCCGAGUCUAAAUGGAUCCUUAGCAUUUCAAAGGAUAGGCACUUUCAAUAUCAUUGCACGGAUUCAGGUCGACGAGUCGGUGGAUAUCUUUGCCCAUCAUGGUGUACUAGUCUGGCUUAUGAUGAACUGGCCAAAUACGUAUUUGUGGGCGACUACUCUGGGCAGAUCACCGUAUUAAAGCUGGAUCAGCCCGCAGUCAAGCUUGUCAAUACCUUAAAAGGCCAUACAGCCAGCGUUCAGACCCUCUUUUGGGAAGAGCAAAAUGGUUGGUUGUGUUCAGGGAGCUUCGAUGCCAGCGUAUUCGUUUGGGAUAUCGCGGGAAGAAAAGGAACCGUUUACGAACUGCACGGACACAGACAAAAGGUCACGGCCUUGGCUUUCUCGAAAGAACGACAAGUUCUUCUCUCAGGGUCAGAAGACAAUCACUUGGUGCUUUGGAACAUGGCCACUCCUCGAAUUGAGAAUCCGGAAUGGGCUCAGAGUGAUUUGUGUCAAUUGUGUUCCCGUCCGUUCUUUUGGAACAUGCGAGCCAUGUAUGAACAGAAGCAGAUUGGCCUUCGACAGCAUCAUUGUCGGAAAUGUGGGAAAGCCAUUUGCAAUGGCUGCUCCACCAAACGAAGUACCCUCCCAUCUCGGGGUCACGAGUUUCCAGUCAGAGUUUGUGAGGAGUGCUACAUCGGAAUCACUGAUGACGACAAACGGUCAAAUACCAUUUUCCAUGAUCUGAAACACUCGAUCAAGGCCAUGGACAUGGAUUUAAGCCGGGACUUAAUGAUUACUGUGGGAAGUGAUCGCAUCGUUAAGUUAUGGGCUAUUAAAAACGUCUUGUAAACCCGGUUGAAUUGCAUUCAGACACGCCUUAAUUUCGCCGAAGGAAGAAAAAACACCGUGUGCUCCCAUAUCAUAAUAAUCAAUGCGACCUAAUGGCCUCUAACUCAUCUGAUUUAACUGGAUCCUCGAGGCAGAAAAUACUUUCAAUCUUGUGUUAUAUUUUUGUUACUUUUCGGUUAGAAGCAGUCCCCAAUGUUUAUCAAAACAUAAAGUACGUGUAUCAUGAUCUGUCAAUGUUCUUAACGCCAUUUUAUAGAUAUAUUAUUCGUAACAUGACUGAAAAAAAAUCCUCCUUUCUUCUUCA